GAUCAUUACGUAUAAUCCUCCGCGCAACAGGAUCUGUAUACUUACUCUCGUUCUUCAUUCAUCUUUCUGAAGAUAAUAGAAUUGGAUAAUCCGAACUCGACCUUUUAUUUGCGAAUCGGAUUUCCGAUGCAGAUUUCGGAAACCGGAAACUCACCGAACAACGAACCACAAACACCAAAAAGUUAGUUCAUUAUUCUCUCUCUGUGUUCGCAACAAUGGCGGAUCCCAAGAAUGAAGGUUUCCUCACCUACGCUUAUCUUCUUCUUUACAUUGCUCUCUCCAGCGGUCAAAUCUUCUUCAACAAGUGGGUUUUGUCUUCGAAGGAAAUUAACUUUCCUUAUCCUUUGGCGUUGACUCUACUUCAUAUGGUCUUCUCCUCUGUUGUGUGUUUUGUAUUAACCAAAGUUCUAAAGGUUUUGAAGGUUGAGGAGGGAAUGACUCCUGAAAUAUAUGCUACUUCCGUAGUGCCAAUUGGGGCCAUGUUUGCAAUGACUCUCUGGCUUGGAAAUACUGCCUACCUGUAUAUUUCCGUUGCAUUUGCACAAAUGCUGAAGGCAAUUAUGCCUGUAGCUGUUUUUGUGCUUGGAGUAGCUGUAGGACUCGAGGUGAUGAGCUGCAAAAUGCUUUUGAUCAUGUCAUUGAUUAGUUUUGGUGUUCUAGUAGCUUCUUAUGGAGAGAUAAAUAUAAGCUGGAUUGGAGUAGUUUACCAAAUGGGAGGUGUUGUUGGUGAAGCUCUAAGACUUAUCUUCAUGGAAAUUUUUGUUAAGAGGAAGGGUCUUAAGUUGAAUCCUAUAUCCGUGAUGUAUUAUGUUAGUCCCUGCAGUGCACUUUGUUUAUUCCUUCCAUGGAUAUUUCUAGAGAGAUCAAAGAUGGACGACCAUGGAUCAUGGAACUUCCCACCUGUUUUGCUUAUCCUCAAUUGCCUUUGCACUUUUGCUCUAAACUUAUCUGUUUUCCUUGUAAUUACACAUACAAGCGCUUUAACCAUUCGUGUUGCUGGAGUUGUUAAGGAUUGGGUGGUUGUCUUACUGUCUGCUGCUCUGUUUGCCGACACAAAGUUAACAACCAUCAAUUUGUUUGGUUAUGGAAUUGCCAUUGCAGGUGUAGCAGCAUAUAAUAAUUUCAAGUUGAAAAAGGAAGCUUCUCGAGAUCCCUCAGAUGCUUCUGAGCUUGUCGAAUCUACCCAACGGCAGCAGUCUCAGCCUUUAACAAGUAGAUAGUAGCAGUCUGAGUUACUAAAUUUGUCCAUGCCCUAUGGGAACAUCCCAUAUAGUAGAUACAAAUAUAAACAAGGCAUCAAAUGUUCAUGUAGUGGAUACAAAUAUAAACAGGCAUUAUGGAGUUUCUUGAGUCUUAUAAACAAUUUCAGCUUAUUAUAGAUCGUGAAAGUAAUGUGCUGAUCAAGUGUAAUAUGUGUAGAUCUGAUACACAAACUUUAUCCUUUCAAAUAGAAGUGCUGAGCCAUGGCAUUUAAACUUUGAGGAUUCUGAAGUUACUCCCAUUGAUGUUUUUUUGGAGUAAUUACUAGUUUCAAUCUUAGUGAUUCACUAUCUCGAAUUGAAUGAUCAAGAUUAGAAGUUCGGACAUGCACCAUCGUCAUAAUCGGACCUUGUAGUGGUAGCCAGGGGUUUAUACUGCAUUCAGUCACAAAGAUGAAAACUUUGUAGGAUCAUUGUUUAUUCAAAACGUAUUUUGAUAGUAUUUGAUUUGAUAUUCUGAGACAAGUUGAUUCAGUGUUGGGAAUCUUUGCUCCAGUCUAAUUUUUUUGUCUGGUUGCUUUCAAUGUAUUUUGUGAAUUUAUCAUUGGUUCUUAUUAAUCCAAUAUUGAAUUGUAAGGGGAGAUAGAGGUGUUGAAAAAUAGUUAGAACCGAAUGUUUCAUGCCCUUUACUAUAUGUAUUUUGAAGCAUAGUUGUAUUUUGGUAUCACUGUUUGAUCAUUUUUAAUCUAUAUUUACUAUUA